AGUUACCUUGCAACCCAUCUCAACUCAAAACUUUGCCUGCUCUACCUUUUUCUCAACAACUACACAUUCUUCAUUAUGCCUUCUGCAAAGUCAAGCGGCAAGGGUAAGGUCAGCGGCAAGGUCAAGAGUGAAGACACCAAGUCCACGUCCCGUUCUACUAGAGCUGGUCUCCAGUUCCCAGUCAGCCGUAUCCAUCGCAUGUUGAGGAAAUCCAAUGUCAGCAAGCGCAUUGGGUCUGGUGCACCGGUCUACCUUGCUGCCGUACUAGAGUACUUGUCGGCUGAAAUCUUGGAGUUGGCUGGAAAUGCAGCUCGUGACAACAAGAAACGUCGCAUCAACCCUCGUCACCUUCAAUUAGCUAUUCGUAACGAUGAAGAGUUGAGUAAACUGCUCGGAGAUGUGAUCAUCUCUGAGGGCGGUGUCGUACCUUACAUCAACCCUGCACUCCUGCCUGCAAAAAGCAAGAAACAAAGUCUUGACAGCCAAGAGGUGUAA